AUGCGCUUCAACAAAGCCGUUGCCGGCGCUCUCGUUGCCGGCGCCGGUCUUGCCCACGCCCAGGACGAGUUCUGCAGUGAACGCUCCACCCUCGUGGUCACCGAGUAUGUGACUCUGCCCGGUCCCGUCGCCUCGACGCCCUCGCCCGUCGCCUCGUCGAGCGUUGAUGGCUCGGUCCCCGACGAGACCACCUCGGUCCAGGUCGUCACCAUCAAGCCGGUCCCUGCCACCUCUACCCCGGCCCCUCCCAUGACCACCUCGACCGUUUACUCGACUACCUCGAGCGUCAACACCAACGGCGAGGUCGUUUACCAGACCAUCAGCCAAUACACCACGGUCUGCCCCGUGAGCGAGACUGCCGUCUCAGGCGUCCCUGACGAGUCGACGAGCACGAUCCACUCCACUUCUACCACCGAGAAGUUCGUGACCAUCAGCGUGCCCUGCACCGAGUGCUCUGCCACCUCCACCCAGUGGACUACUUCCACCCUCUACACCACCUCGGCCUCCAUCGAUUCGACCGGCGGCACCGUCAUCGUGACCGUGCCCCACACCACCACGGUUUGCCCCGUGACGGCCACUGAGUCCAGCCUGCCGACCAUCUCGUCGACCAGCAAGUGCACCAAGACCCGCACUGUCACCGUCGACCCCGAGCCGGUUACCGUCACCGUGACCCCGUCGGCUCCUGCCACCAGCUCGGUCGAUGGUAACGAUGUCGGCGUUGCCGAGUACACCCCGAGCAGCUACUCGCUGUCCUCGGCCGUUGAGACUUCGGCCCCGGCCCCUACCCCGGAGGUCGUUACCGUUUACACGACCUCCCACAUCGUCUCUACCGCUGUGAAGACGAGCACCGAGGUCGACUCCGUCGGCAGCUCCACGGAGCGCGUUGUCACUGAGGUCGUCACCAUUGGCACCACCGUCUGCCCUGUCACGGCUACCCAGACUCCUGCCGGUACCCCCUCUGUCGCCUCUGUCGCCGUUGACACCCCCGUCUACACUCCUGCCCCGGAGGUUACCCAGUACACGACCUCUCACAUCGUCUCCACCGCUGUGAAGACCAGCACCUCUGUUGAUGUUGACGGAAGCUCCAAGGAGCACGUCGUCACCGAGGUCGUUACCAUUGGCACCACUGUCUGCCCGGUUACCGCUACCCAGACCCCGGCUGGCACUCCUUCCGUCGCUGUUGACACCCCUGUCUACACUCCUGUCUCUGCCUCCACCCCCUACGGUGCUGAUGUUCAGGGUGCCGCCGUCCCCUCGUCGAGCUCGGCCUUGUUCGCUGUUGACACCCCUAUCUACACCCCUGUCGCCCCGUCGUUCGCCGUCGACACCCCCAUCUACACCCCCGUCGGUACCCCUUCGGUUGCUGUUGACGUCCCCGUCUACACCCCGGCUCCCGCCUCUGAUGCCGGUGUCGAGGGCGCCAACGCCACCCCCUCGUUCGCCGUUGACACUCCCAUCUACACCCCUGUGGAUGUGCCUUCCGUCGCCGUUGACACUCCUGUCUACACCCCGGCCCCGGUUGCUUCGACUCCCGCCACUGAUGCCGGUGUCGAGGGUGCCAAUGCUGUGAGCACUCCCUCGGUUGCGGUUGACGUCCCCGUCUACACCCCUGCCAGCACCCCGAUCACCUGGGCCCAGACCACCUUCGCCACUUCGGCCGCUGCUUCGACUCCCAGCUCUAGCUCCAGCUCCGGUCUCCUGACCACUGUCGGCAGCACCGUCUCCACCCUGAGCGAGACCCUUACUGGUGAGGCCACCUACUACAGCGGUAACAUUGCCUCGGGUACCUGCAGCUUCUCCGGCUACACCCUGCCCUCUGACAUCUUCGGUACCGCUCUGUCUCUCACCAACUGGGACACCGCCAGCAACUGCGGUGCUUGCGUCAACGUCAAGGGUUCCUCUGGCAAGACCAUCAAGGCCAUGAUCGUCGACAAGUGCGCGGACUGCUCUGACAACUCCCUGGACCUCUUCCAGGAUGCUUUCAGCUCGCUGGAUGCCCUCGCCACCGGUGUCCUCGACAUUACCUGGGAGAUCGUCGAGUGCGGUAUUGAGACCGCUCUGGAGCUCGUCAACAAGGACGGUGUCUCGGCCAACUGGUUCAGCAUGCAGGUCGUCAACAGCAACCUGCCCGUCAGCGCUCUGCACGUCUCGGUCGACGGUGGCUCCACCUGGACCGAGACCACCCGUACCGACUACAACUUCUUCGAGUACGAGCAGGGCUUCGCCACCGACCUUGUCGACAUCAAGGUCACCUCGUCGACCGGCAAGGAGGUCAUCACCAAGAACGUCACCGUCGCCUCGUCCCAGUCGCACACUUGCGAGUCCAACUUCUAA